GGAUCAGUAAACUCGUUCCCGCGCUAGCGUCUGCUGCGGCAGCUGCGUUGUUGAUUGUCAUCGUCAUCGUCGUCAUCAUCGUCGUCAUCAGGAGGGGUAAAAGACCCGACACUGCUCCUCUCUCUUCUCCCUCUUCCGACGAUGCAGGUGGCGCUGUCUCAACCAACGCACCAGCCAACCAACAAGAGAGCAUCAUCUACAGCGAGAUAUACGAUUCGUCGACGCCUCAUCAAACUAAGCUGCGCAAUGAUGUAGGGAGCGCCACUAGCCAGCCCGGCUGCAUGACCUAUAACGACAUGUACAUGGACAUGAGUCGGCCGAUUAACGACAUGUACAUGGACAUGAGUCGGCCGAUUAACGACAUGUACAUGGACAUGAGUCGGCCGAUUAACGACAUGUACAUGAACAUGAGUCGGCCAAUGGAGCUGCCGGAAACAAUGGAGCAGCGAAUGAUAGUGGCGCCAUCUAUAUAGCUCGACUAUCAGUGAGUGACGAGUAGAGAACAGACCACUAUUAAAUCCUUAAGAUUUGAA